AUGGAGACAAGAGUCCACACCAAGAUAACCAGGAAUGAAAACAUCUUGAACUGCUUGUAUCAAAAGCCUAAUGCAGUUUUUAAGCUGAUUUGCUUUCCCUGGGCUGGAGGUGGCUCCGUUUAUUUUGCCAAGUGGGGCCAAUCGUUUAAUGACUCCCUGGAAGUGCAUUCUGUAAGGCUGGCUGGAAGAGAAACUCGAUCCCAGGAACUGUUCGCAAGUGACAUCUACCAGAUAGUUGACGAAAUUGUGCCUGCUCUGCUUCCCGUGGUCCAGGAUAAAGCAUUUGCAUUUUUUGGCCACAGUUUGGGAUCCUACAUUGCUUUCAUGACCGCACUCAGCCUCAAGGAGAAAUACAAAAUGGAGCCUCUGCAUUUCUUUGUGUCCAGUGCAUAUGCCCCCCACUCAAAAUCCCGGCAUCCAAUUCCUGAACUGAAUACACUGUCAGAAGAACAAGUCAGGCACUACCUUCUGAAUUUUGGAGGCACCCCCAAGCAUCUCAUUGAUAACCAGGAUGUUCUGAGUCAGUGCAUUCCCAUUCUGAAAGCAGAUGUUGCCAUUGUGAAAAACUUCGUCUUUGACACGCCCUCGGAGGCUCUUCUUUCUCAGGACAUAACAUGCUUUUUUGGAUCUGAAGAUACAGUAAAGGACAUAAAAGGUUGGGAAGACAUAACCAGCGGGAAGGUUGACAGCCACAUGCUGCCAGGUGACCACUUUUAUCUGUUGGAACCUAACAACGAGAACUUCAUCAAGAACUAUAUAACCAAGUGUUUGGAAGUGUCGUUACUUGCUUGCUUUUAG